AUGUUGGUAUUACUGUUAUCACUGGUGGCUACGGUAAACGCGGAUGUCAAGACUAUGGCAAUAGUAAAGUCGUUUAAUCUGAGAACAACUGCCAAAUCUGACAUCACUUGCUCGUCAAUUCAAAAAGUUUUGAUCGAAUCUACCUCAGUUACAAGCUGGAAUUGUGUAGGUGAAACGUUGGCGGCUGAAAAAGAUCCUGGAAUGUGGAUAGUCACCGAGAUGGAUCCAAUGACUCCAGACAAGGACAAGUUGACUUGGCGUAUCGAGUACACCAACGGGAACCUGACAGAUUCGUUUAGCACCACAAAAACAAUAGAAAAACCGCUAGCAGUCAAUAACACCAUUGAAAUCACACCAAAACCGAAAUCAAAAGCAAUCCUCACAAAUCGAGUAGACAUACGUGCAGCUGAAGACGAUAGCAAAACUGAGCCUCCAACGACAUCGAAAGCAACAGAACAUCCUAAAGACGAUCCAACUACGAUGGAGAAAACGAAACCAACGGAACCCGCUACAACUACGCAAACACCAGCACCAUCCAACAAAGUCACCGUUACUGUAAACUACAUACAGUUCUAUAGUGGACAAGAACCAGUUUAUGUGAACAAACAUACAGCAGCUGUUGUUAUCGCAGUUUUAGAGGGCCUCAUUCUUGGUGCUAUUCUUGCGGUGGUGAUAUUCCGAUGCUACAAGACAUCACAGAUGAGAGCAGCUGGUAUGUAUCCGUCAAGCAACGACUACCAGUCAAAUAAUAUGCGAAAUACAGUCUACUACGAUAAUGGAGGUACUCUGAACUAUUCAAGGAAUCCUCGCCCUGAAAUCCCCUCAUAUCGCUCUCCGGAUAUUCAAGCUCCAGUACGACUAGACUCAUUACCACCCCGAACGCAGCAACCAAUGGCUACGCCUAACCUUAUGCCAGUGUCAGCAACAUCUCCAACCGCUAGCGUAACACCAGCACCGCUGAACAACUGGCCCGAUAUGCCUGGACAGGCUCAGCCGAUUCGAAAUAUUAUGGAUAGUGAUAUCUGA